AUGUACGCUGUAUCUCAUUUAUAUGAUAGUGUGAAUCAUAAGGCCGGUUAUUCUAGGAGAAAUUCUGGCACGAGACCUGUCCCUCAGAUUCCAUCUUCCUCAAGUUCUAAAGAAGAUCGAAAAAAAAUUGGGUUGGCUGCUCAAAAUGCUAUAAAUCUCGAAAAUGCUCUUAUUUUAUUAACCCCAAAUACGAAUCUUGAAAAAGAUCCUGAAAUUCAGAAAUUGGUUCGUAAAUGCAAAGAUUCAUCCGAACAAUUUUUUAAAAUUAUACCAACUGUCAUGGAUGAUGAUAAAAUGGGUCCUUUAUUACAAUCAAAUGAUCAAGUACAAGCUGCUUUAUCAAAAUAUUCGGAAUACUGUGAGUCUUUCUCACAAAAUUCAAACUCGAAAAACAUUUCAUCAGAAAUAAAGCAAAAAAAAAUUACAUCCCAAUCACAAGAUUCUGCCAAG